AUGAUGGGCUUCAACGCUGUGACCAUUGGCCUCCUGCUGCAUGCGGCGGAGGUUUUUUUUCUCGGUGGCCUCCAUUUCUACGAUCCUGCUGCCACGGCCGCCCUGCGUGGCUACCCAGCGGCGCCGUUCUUGCAGCGUUCUAUCGCGAUCGCGGCCUUUGCGCUUGGGCUCAUGGGUCUGUUGUUUGUCAACGCCGCGCGUGCCACAUCAGAAGCCACUAAUUCUACAGACACGACGAAAACCGCUCCUCAUAAGUACUCCCUGACCGCUCUGAAGCGACUUGUAGCGGGUUUCAUGACGUUCCACGGAUCCUUCGUGCUGAGAGGCGCUAUCAUUGCCGACUACGGGGCUAUUCCGACUCACGGCGUGCCGUUCGUCGGGCUUUUUUUCGCCGCGGUCAAGCUUGGGCUUUUUUCCACGGACACACUUUUUUCGGGGUUACAGGAAAUUACUUCGGUGUUGGGCUCCUACGCGACCCUGCGCAGAUCCUACGGGAAGCCGAGCAGUCUGCAAUUCCUCCGGCAGCCGAUUCUGGCCUUCGCUUAUGUCACACAGAUUUUCGUGGCGCUGCUGGAGGGCUACUUGCACUGUUUCCUCCCGGCGCAGGCGCUGAAGCCCCUGGGCUACGGUGUUCAUGUGAUUCAAACGACCCUCGGCAUGGAUGUCGGCAUCGCUUUUGGGCUGAUCCCGCUCUUCUUCCUGCCCCUGGUGUUGGACAGCAAGAACUUCGAAAAAUCGGACGGUGUUUUGCGGAAGAUGUCACUGGCGGUGCUCGUGUAUCAUGGCGCGAUGUGUGCUAUGUUCGUGUUUGAGGAGCAGGGCAUUGCGGGGUUGCUGCAGCUGCAUCCGGUCUACGUCAUCCACCUGGUGCCGGCCUGCGCCUUCGCGAUUCACCUGCUUCUGGGCGCGGUUGGCGGGGCCAGUGGAAGUGGUGGUACUAGUACUGGCGGAAAGAGCAUCAAGCGCGGUAGCAGCCAGGUGCGUACGCCGAAACGCAGUGCGAGUAGCAAGGGAAAGCGUCAGGAGUAAGGAGGAUUGAGGUGACAGGUGUAGUACUUCUAGCGGUAUGUUGUAUGAAGUUGAAUGUGCAGCAGGACAAAUUCCUGCUUGCGCGAUUAAUCAUCGACAGAUAUUAAAAAUCUUACAUGCGCUCGAAUAAGUAGUACAUCAAAGAGCGACCAGUGACGCAGCGCCUCAUUUUUGCGUGCUGACUACAGUACGGCCAAUACAAACUCAUAUUUUUCUUGAAAAAUGUAUGAUUCUCUGACACCAAAAGCACUAUAAUACUGAAGGCAAUGGGUUCUUGCGAUUCGCAUGCCACCUGCGACAUAAAAUUACUGGCGC